AUGGUUUUUAAGACUCUCGUCGCCGCUCUUGGCUUCACCGCCGUCGCCUUCGGCUCGCCCGUCCCUGCCCCCCAGGAGGAGCUUCAGAUCGUUGGCGGCGUUGCUGCCAGCGCUGGAGACUUCCCCUUCAUCGUCUCCCUGCAGAGGAGCGGUUCCCACUUCUGCGGCGGAUCUCUUCUGAACGCCAACACCGUUCUGACCGCCGCUCACUGCAGCACCGGCGUCAGCGCUUCCUCCGUGACUGUCCGCGCCGGCAGCCUGAACCGCAGCUCCGGUGGCACUCUUGUCCGUGUUUCCUCGAUCGUCGUUAACCCCGGCUACGUUGCCUCGAGGUACGACAACGACUUCGCCAUCUGGAAGCUCGCUACCCCCAUCCCCACGAGCUCCACCAUCAGCUACGCCACCCUGGCCGCCGCCAACUCGGACCCCGCCGCCAACACUCUCACCACCACCGCUGGCUGGGGAACCACCUCGUCCGGCGGCAGCACCCUCCCCACCGCCCUGAGGAAGGUUGAUGUCCCCAUCAUCUCCCGCGCCACCUGCCGCUCCUACUACGGCACCUCUGCCGUCACCACCAACAUGAUCUGCGCCGGCUUCGCUGCCGGUGGCAAGGACUCCUGCCAGGGUGACUCCGGCGGCCCCAUCAUCGAGGCCAGCUCCAGGACUCUCGUCGGUGUUGUCUCUUGGGGUGAGGGCUGCGCUGCUCCCAACGCUCCCGGUGUUUACGCCCGCGUUGGCGCCGCCCGCACCUUCAUCAACCAGUACCUUUAA